AAUUCAACAUAAAAAUUUUAAGGAUUGAUUUUAAUGUAAGUACAAAAUAUUUUCUAUUGUGUAUUAUAUUUUUGCUGGGGGGCAUUUUUGCAUCAACAAAAUUUGUAGCCGACAUUUUGCAUAAUCUGUUUUGCAAUUGACUAUUUUCGGAGCUGUCGUUAAGAAUAUUUUUAUUUUUCCGUUUUAUAUUUAACGGUUAGUGAUUCGUUUAACGUACAAAAAGUGUAAAAAAAAAACAAAAAAAAAAACAAAAAAACCACACAAUUUAACAAUGAACGUAUUUUGUAUACAUACAGUAAGGACGUAACGACGUAGCGACGCCCAGCGACGCCUACUGACGCCUGCGACGUAUCUGUCACAUUUACCGGUUCAGCAUGAAGAUAGCUAUUCAUCCAUUGACAGCUGAUCCCACGGCAGCCUGGCGCGAAUUAUCCCAGCACCAGAAAGUUAUUAAAAUAAAUGCUAAAUUACCGACGACCGAGGCACCGAGCAACAAAUUACGCGUGGUAUGCAUGAGCGACACGCACUCGCUCACGCCGUAUAUAAAGUUUGACAUCCCCGCGGGAGACGUCUUUAUCCACGCGGGAGAUUUUACGAAAUGCGGUAGCUUGCAAGAGGUCAUAGAAUUUAAUAAUUGGAUAGGUAACUUGCCACACAAACAUAAAAUAGUUAUAGCUGGAAACCAUGAACUUAGCUUCGAUCCCACGUUUACGCAUCCUUUUUCUGUACACACCAGUGGGGAUCAUCAGAAACAUACGGGAACCAGCAUACUCGACGACAUACCUACUUUGGGUAUGUCCAAGGAUACUCUCGCGGAAGCUAUUAAAACUACAAAUGUUAAAGAUUAUUUGACAAAUUGUACAUAUCUUGAAGAUUCUGAGACUACAGUGCAUGGAAUCAAGAUAUAUGGUACUCCGUGGCAACCAGAGUUUUGUAAGUGGGCAUUUAACGUGCCGCGUGGAGAAGCGUGCCUCUCAAAAUGGGAAAUGAUUCCAUCUGAUACAGACAUCCUCGUAACGCAUACUCCUCCUGUAGGUCACGGAGACCUCGCUUGCACUGGAGUACGAGCUGGAUGCGUCGAAUUAUUGUCGACAGUGCAGAAUCGCGUAAAGCCCAAAUAUCAUGUAUUUGGUCACAUACACGAAGGAUAUGGCAUAUCUUCAGAUGGCAAGAUAAUAUAUAUUAAUGCAUCAACAUGCGAUCUAAAUUAUCUGCCAAGUAAUUCACCAAUAGUAUUUGAUAUAACACUACCUUCCGGUAUUGAAAAAUCAUAAAUCUUCAAAGAACGAGAUCAGUGUGUAUUUCAUUGCAUAAUGCUGCAUCAGAAAUAUUUCAGAUCUUUCUUACGAGCUUAAGAAAAUAAUUAUGUGAUCAACAUAAAAUUAGUCAUUUCUUGCCUUAUUUUUAAAAUUAUGAUGUAUGUACAAGCAUAGUAUAAAUAUUAAUUCGUCUUCUUUUUCACACGAUUUAUAAAAAUCUCAACUGUAUUAAAAAAUAUACAAUCCGAUUUGUAAUCUCUUAUAAAUAAAAUGAAUUAUAUAUUGCCCAUUUUUCUUGAUAAA